AGUGGGUUAAGGCCAGUUUCAUGAAUUGUUUUUUAAUGGUCCACAGGCAGUCACUGCAGAGAAGCUCUGUAAAGGUCUCAUUUUACUCAGGCUGUGACACACUGCGCUGCUCUUCACACAGGACAAGAACUGUUUCUCCUCCAAAGAUGAUGGAUCUCAGGAUUUUACUCUUUUUCGUGACCGUGCCGUGGAUAUUUUGUGAAACAGCAAGAACCAGUAAAGUGGUACCUAGACACAAAGGGGUUUUGAAAAUAGUAGAUGAUGAAGACUUAAUCUCAGAGAGUAGAGUUGUCAUGGAAGCCAAGAAACCAAAGAAAAAGGUCAUUCUUAACCCAGACUAUGAUAGUCCAGCUGAUACAGAUGAUGAAAGUCCAGGAGCAGACGAUAAAGAGGAAAUGGAACUUCCUACUUGCCUGAUGUGUGUGUGUCUAACUGGAUCGGUGUAUUGUGAGGAGGUUUCUCCUGACAUGACAGCAGUUCCACCACUGCCAAAGGAAACGGCUUACCUCUAUGCGCGCUUCAACAAAAUCACUAAAAUAACAAACAGAGACUUUGCUGAUGUUGCCACGCUGAGAAGAAUUGACCUGUCUGGCAACCUCAUCUCUGAGAUAGAAGAUGGAGCGUUUUCAAAACUCAAUCAGCUUGAGGAACUAACACUCGCUGAGAACAAGCUGGUCAAACUGCCAAUGCUACCAGCCAAACUUGUGUCUCUCAAUGUCAAUCACAAUCUACUUAAAACAAAAGGAGUGAAAGCAAACAUUUUCAAGAAACUCAGCAAGCUGUCAUACCUGUACCUUGGAGACAACGGGUUGGAGGCCGUCCCACUGCUUCCGGAAAGUCUGCGUGUGGUUCAUCUACAUAACAACAACAUAACGUCACUGACGGAUGACACGUUCUGCAAAGGAAACAACACGCACUACAUCAGGUACAACAUGCAGGAAGUUCGGCUCGAUGGAAACCCGCUAACCCUGGCUCAACAUCCCAACAGCUUCAUCUGUUUGAGAGCUCUACCAAUUGGACACUACAAGUAAUUUGCUGAGAAGAAGAAAAUGUUCCUUGAGCCAUCGUCCAACUGGCAACUGCAGUUGUAAUGUUAAACAGCACAUUCACAAAGAUUUAACAGUGUAAUAAAGAAUAUUGACUUUUAAGACUUUUCAGUGCAUCACGCAUUUAGAUGUUUAAGAUCAUUUAGAUAAUUUGUAAGACACAUAUACAGGCAAUAACAAGUAUUUUCUUGACUCUCCUUCAGUGUAAUCAUUUUGUUAUAUUUUUGUUCAAGAUUUUGAAAGUAAAAGUUGCAAAAUAAGUAAAAUGUGAGGCAAUAAAUGUCUAUAAAUCUAAACUGGGAAAAUGAUAUUCAGUGGGAUUUUUACUGACAUCCAUUGCUGGUAAAUAAAUUCAUUUUGGACCAACA